UACAAUUUUGCAAAUUAAAUAUUAAUUUCAAAAUCAAUACCGUGGAAUUAUGUUUUUCUCGAUUUCCCAAAAAAAGUUCAAAGUGGAAAUAAGCCCUUUUGAAAAGACACUCCUCAAUUACGAUAUCAUAAUUGCAUUAUUAUCAAUUUACUGUCCGCGUAAGUAAAGUAAACACGCUCUUUAAGCAACGCUUUAAUUUACGUCUUUUAAAUUUGUAGUACAGAAAUUGAAAUAUACCAAAGCGAAGGUGUUGUUUACGUCUUUACAUUGUGAUCUUUUUGGCUACCAUGAGUUUUUCAUACAUAACUCGAUGUCGAGUCACUGGAAAUACAAACUAAGUAAGGAUGGACAAACCUCUGGGCGUCGACGACUUCGCGGCCAUGGAGGGACAGCUCCGGGGCUGUGUGGAGGCCGACAGGCACCACUGGCAGGUCAACGACGUGAAAUGCGACGCCAUACACACCGCCAAGACCUAUGAGGAGUUUGCGGACCGCGUGGCCGCAGCGCACUUGCGGCCGCUAGAGAAGGCCGACUACAAGCAGAAGGGGCCGCGAGGGUGGAACCAAUACGCCACCCGUUCCAAGACCGACACUGAAUAGAUUUAAAUAGUUCAAAUUACUUAUAUUCAAUUGAAACUAAAAAAAUAAACGGGAGAUAUGAAAGUGUA